AUGGAGGAAACUUCAUACUCAGAGUUUCUGAAAUUUCACAGAAGGCGGAGGCAGUGCUGCAGGGGAGGCAUACAGCUGGUGCCGCUGGGGCUGGUGAUCGCAGCUCUAGGGUCUGGGCUGCUGACUGUGCUUCUCCUGUGGCAUUGGGACACUGCACGAAGUCUGAAACAGCUGGAGGAGACCGCUGCCCGGAUGGUCAGAACACACAACAUUUAUCCAUUACGUUCACCAUAUAUGGGCAUGGUUCAUGGUGCCAUGAACUGCUACUACUUCGGUGAGGGCACCAAAAAAUGGAUCCAGGCCCGGUACGCCUGCAGCAAGCUGCAAGGGCGGUGGCUGGUUAACAUCCACAGCCAGGAGGAGCAGCCCUGUCCUGCUCCCCGGGACUUCCUGACCAAACACUCCAUCAGGAGGGGCUCCUGGAUUGGCCUCAGGGACCUGGACAUCGAGGGGGAGUUCAUCUGGAUGGACAAUAACCCCCUGGACUAUAGCCACUGGCAGCCGGGGGAGCCCAACGACGUGGGCCAGGGCGAGAACUGCGUGAUGAUGCAGGGCUCGGGGCGGUGGAAUGACGCUUUCUGCGGCAGCUACCUGAACGGCCGGGUGUGUGACCGCUGGCCACGUGCUGAGCGCCUGCCCGCCAACUCGGCCCUGGGUCCCCUGGCCGUCACCACUGCCCUGCCCUCAAGCGCUCAGAGUUUCCACUGUGAGAACCUCUGUCCGCCAGCCUGGAGGCCAGAAGCCCCCUCCUCGCCUGGCAGCCCGGCCUUCCAGGGACCAGCAGGGGACACCUCAGACCCCAGCAUGCUUCCUCCAUCCCCACCUCGCCAUCUCUUGGCACCAGAGGACAGAGACUUCUGGCUCAGGUGCCUGGCUACACAGUCCUACAGCUUGUUCCAAGCCUUCUUCCUUCUCCACGAGUCCCUACUCAUCUUCUACAGGGAGCCACAGACCCUGGACCCUGCCUUUGCAGCUCCCGAGCUUUCGACUCCCUCUGAAAUCCAGCUUCCCAGGUACCACAGCCUCUGGCUCUACAUCCUCUAG